UGGUCUCUCCCGGCUUCCGUGGAGCACUGGCAAGAUGGCAGCCUCCGAGAUGGUUAGGUUACGGCUUCAGUUUGAUUACCCGCCGCCAGUCACCCCACAUUGUACCGUCUUCUGGCUUCUGGUGGAUCUGAACAGAUGCCGAGUCGUCACGGAUCUCAUUAGUCUCAUCCGCCAGCGUUUCGGCUUCAGUUCUGGGGCCUUCCUAGGCCUUUACCUGGAUGGGGGGCUCUUGCCUCCCGCCGAGAGCGCGCGCCUGGUGAGGGACAACGACUGCCUCAGAGUAAAGUUAGAAGACAGUGCAAUUUCUGAGCUUUCUGUCCUGCUCAGCAAUGGUAGCGACAGUCAUUUCUCACCUGUAAAAGCCAAGAAGCGGACUUCUAAUUUGGAGGAGGAUGAAGAAACUGAAUUAGGUUACGUGUUCUCAAAGAAGCACUGGAAGAGGCAAGAGAACAGCAGCAAUCAUGAGAAGGCCUCAGAUCUGAACCCAAAAGCUGUCCAAAACCAGCCUGUGAGGAAAAAAGGCAAGCGUAAAAACAAAGCAGCGUGUGACACGGGGGAUGCUGAUGACAGAGAGACCAGAAGGAAAUCACCAAAGAAGGAGAAAUGUGAGUAUAAGAAACAGACCAAGAAUCGCAGGUCUCUGAAAGCACAGGCAGUAAAAGAACGGAGCACCCCGAACUGUGGUCCCCCCAAAGGCUCUGCCGGAAACGGCGUUGGCAAAGCCAGAAGGAAAGUCGGGGGAGGCGUGUGUGCAAAGCGCAGUCCCUCGUCCUCCUCAGAGUCGCAGUCUUCCGAAGCAAGCAGCGAUCGUCUCAGCAAGGCCACGAUGGAGGCUGGGAAUUCCUCUGAGAAACUGUCAGCUGAGUUACCAAAGUUACCAAAGGACGGUACAAAAAACACAGCUGCAAACAGACCGUGUACAAAAGCUGCCUUUAACCUUGCUCCUGGCAAGGGCAAAACCAUCAGGGCCUCCUCGUCAUCCUCCUCUAGUUCAGAUUCCAGUUCAGCCUCGGGGGACGAGAGUGCAGAAUCCAAGCGUGUGCCAGAGUGCGGGGUCAGCUUCUUAAAGACAGCCAGCCUCUUCGCAGGAAGGGGUCGUCCAGGGCCUGGGCCCUCACCACAGACUCCGGGCACUAUGGGAUGGAAGCCUUCUGAGUCUCCUGUCCCUCUGCCCAGCAUGUCUGUCCCCACCAGUAUCGGCAGAGGAUGGGGGCGAGGACAGGACCUUCUUUCUUGGAAGGGGGCCCGGGGUCGGGGCAUGCGGGGCAGAGGUCGAGGACGAGGGCAUGCCCUGCCCUGUGUCUUAAAUAAAAACCCUGAAUGUCAGAAGCAGCAGCAGCUAAGCGAGACCAUGUCGAACAUAUCCACCAUCAUCCAGAAUCCAGUAGAGCUACCCAAGAAAGACUACAGUCUGUUACCACUGUUAGCAGCUGCCCCGCAACUCGGAGAAAAGAUUGCGUUUAAGCUUUUGGAACUAACAUCUGAUUAUUCUCCUGAUGUCUCUGACUACAAGGAAGGAAAAUUAUUAAGCCACAAUCCAGAGACCCAGCAAGUAGACAUAGAAAUCCUGUCAUCCUUACCUGCCGUGAAGGAACCUGGGAAAUUUGACUUGGUUUAUCACAAUGAAAAUGGAACUGAGGUGGUGGAGUACGCUGUGAUGCAGGAGAGGAGGAUCACUGUUUUCUGGAGGGAGUUGAUUGAGCCAAGACUGAUUAUUGAGCCUCCAAGUAACACCACCAGUUCCGAGCCUAUCAAAGCGUCCUCUCCACCCCACGGCUUAUAAAUGUCUUGCUGUGGAAGUGACUGCAACCUUCUUUUUUUAUAAGAGGACUUAGAAGUUGUGCGUAUUCUUUGUUAUCUUCAUUUUGCUGUAUAGGGAAAAAAAUCUACCUCAUCAUUUAAAAUUGGGUGUUGGUUUGUAGAUCAUUUUUUCCCUCAGGUUAACUUCAGUUGACAAAAUUUAAAACAUAACAUAUCCCGCAGGCAUUGUUUUAUGUUUGAUUUCUUCUAUUUUUUUUUGACCAUUGAAGUAUCAGUCCACAGUUUAUAAUACCAAGUACAAGAACAGGCUGCAUAUCUUAUCUUGAUAAAUUUGAUGAAGUAACAUUUAAAAAAAAUUAAAACACGUUGCUUCACCUAAUUUUUUUACCAUUUGAGUUGUUCCAUCACAUGUGGAGCAUCUUAUAAAUUUCAAGUAGUUUGUACUUGCAGUUGUCAGGAAGUAACAGCCAGUUGGGUUUGUUGCCAGCAAUGAGUUAAGGAAUCCUUUCACAUUUUCCCCAACUUAAGACUUAAGGGUCCUCAGGGACCUGUGCGGAGCAGUGAGAACAGUACCUUGUGUGCUGGGAGGAGAGCAGGAGGCGCCCCUGGGCGGAGGAUUCGUCAUGUGCCUCCGUGCAGGGAGUGGGUCGUCUGGCCACAAGUCGCCCUGCACCUGACUCAGUACGCUAGAGAGGGGGUUUUGAAGAGAAAAUGCUUUUCUGUUACUCAGAGACCAAAAUGGCUAAAUAUACAAUGUGAAAAUUGCUUUCUUUUAACAAAAGAUCAGAUCCCUCCUUCAGCUUAGCAGAUUUCUAAAUAAAGUCACAUUGAGCUUAACGUCCACGCGGAGCCGUCACGUUGAGUUGAGUAUCGUAAACUGUUGUCUUGGUUCACUGUAAUCCAGGAGGUUAUCAUUUUUCCAAGCUAGAAGUUUGCUGUGGCAGAAGAGUCUGACGUUGGUCUGGUCCCAUGGAGCGCAUCAGAUCGGGAGUCCCUGGGCACAUGAAGAUGCCUUCUGGUUUUGACAUGGGUGUGGAUCCCAUUGUGCAGCUCUGCUGGGGAUAUGUGGCUCAGAGGUAGGGGUUUGCCUAAGGUACACAAGGCCUUGGGUUUGAUCCCCAGCCCCCCCCACAAAAAAAGUGUAGGUAUUGAUUUAAAUGAGAAGUAUUACUCCAAAAAGAGAUG